CCGAGUCGGGCCUAUUUCUGGUGUUGGCACGGCUCCAAGAAGGCCAUCACAGCCAGUCCCCCUUACUGCCCCGUAGAGAGGGAAGAUGAGCGAGUCCAGCUCAAAGUCCAGCCAGCCUCUGGCCUCCAAGCAGAAGGACGGGACUGAGAAGCGAGGCCGGGACAGGCCACACAAGCAGCCUCCGAAGGAGCCCAGUAAAGUGCCAACACCGAAGAGACCUCGGGGCCGACCAAAGGGAAGCAAAAACAAGGGGGCCGCCAAGACGCAGAAAACUACCACAGCUCCAGGGAGGAAACCAAGGGGCAGACCCAAGAAACUGGAGGAGGAGGAAGAGGGGGGAAUCUCCCAGGAGUCCUCGGAGGAGGAGCAGUGACCAUGCACAGUGCUGCCUGCUCCCUGGCCAUCAGAGGAGCAGCCUUCCCCUGGGACUGGAAGCCCCGCUUCCAGGCCCCUCCCCACCCCCACAGCA